UCUCGUUCUCUCAUUGACACCUCCUUUCCUUUUGAAUUGUCAAAAAAAGCGACGUGUGCUGGUCAAUCUUUUUGCAAGUAAUUUUUUAAACAAUUAACAAGAAAAAAACAUGAAUUCUGUCCCGGUUUUUAUAGAUUUAUCUCUGGACGAACAGGUCCAAGAAUUGCGAAAAUAUUUUAAGAAGCUCGGAGCUGAAAUCUCUUCGGAAAAGUCAUCCAAAGGCAUUGAAGAUGAUUUGCAUAAAAUUAUCGGAGUUUGCGACGUUUGUUUCAAGGAUGGCGAACCAUCCCAAAUCGAUGGAAUUCUCAACAGUAUUGUCUCCAUAAUGAUUACCAUUUCGUUGGAUCGGGGAGAAAACAUCGUGUUGGCUUAUUGCGAAAAGAUGACGAAAGCCCCUGACGUACCACUGGCUAAAGUAUGUCUUCAGUCGCUGUGGCGUUUGUUCAACAACCUGGACACAAGCUCACCACUCCGUUACCAUGUCUACUACCAUCUUGUGCAAGUAGCAAAGCAGUGCGACCAAGUUCUCGAGGUGUUCACCGGAGUCGAUCAAUUGAAGAGUCAAUUUGCCAAUUGCCCACCAUCAAGUGAGCAGAUGCAAAAGCUCUAUCGACUCCUCCACGACGUCCUCAAGGACACCAACAUUGAACUCUCGGCCAAGGUAAUGAUUGAACUCCUGGGAACCUACACCGCCGACAAUGCUUGUGUUGCCCGUGAAGACGCCAUGAAGUGCAUCGUCACUGCUCUGGCCGAUCCAAACACUUUCCUCUUGGACCCAUUGCUCUCACUGAAACCAGUUCGUUUCCUCGAGGGUGAUCUUAUCCACGAUCUUCUGUCCAUCUUCGUUGUGGACAAACUUCCUUCAUACAUUCAAUUCUACGAAAACCAUAAGGAGUUCGUCACCUCCCAGGGCCUCAAUCACGAACAAAACAUGAAGAAGAUGCGUCUGUUGACUUUCAUGCAACUGGCCGAAAGCAACUCAGAAAUGACCUUCGAACAAUUGACCAAGGAACUGCAAAUUCCCGUCGAAGAAGUCGAACCUUUCAUCAUUGAGGUUUUGAAGACAAAGUUGGUACGUGCUCGUUUGGAUCAGGCCAACAAAAAAGUUCACAUUUCCAGCACAAUGCACAGGACAUUCGGAUUCUCACAGUGGGAACAGUUGCGCGAUUUGUUGCAAGCGUGGAAAGAAAAUUUGAAUGUUGUCAAGGAUGGUCUACAAAAUGUUUCAGCUGCUCAACUCGAAUUGGCGAAAUCACAAAAACUUAUCCAUUAAACAAAAUUUUAGUUGUGAAUAGAAGAUCAAACAAAAAAGAAUCAACUACAAAAAAAAGGGUGUCAUUUUAUAAGAAAAAAAAAAGAAUUUUUGUUUUGUAUUUCAAGAAAAUAACAAUCUCUGUAACUUGGAAGAGAAAAUAAAAUUCUACAUUUGAAGGAA